AUGGAUUCUUCGAAGACGCUUUCACCGGAUAACUUUCCUCUGAUCAGGUCUUCGCUGGAGUUGGUGGAGUAUAGGCUGGAGCACAUGAAGGAGGUCUUCGUACCGCUUGUCGCUCGGAUUAACAAUGCUUUACUGGAUGAGAAGGGGGUGGAGCAGAAGCUGGCGGCUAUGGAGAAAGGGCUUGCUUCGAACCAAGUUGACAAAGAGGGAGGAGGAGGUGAGGAAGCCUCUAAGAAUUUCAUGCUGUUUUCGCUCGAGUACAAGUCUCUGGUCGCGAACUUGACUGCUCUGGAAAAGCUGUUUGUUGAGCAUGGUAUUCCCGCGUACGUGUCCCCCUAUUAUUCUACAGAGGAGAAGUUGGAUUCCAUGGAGCAGAUGCUUGUUUCCGAGAUGGAGACGAUGAUCUUGAACGAGAGACCAGCUAUGAGCACAGAGGUCCAGUCAAGGUUUAGGCCUCUGAUGGAAAAGUUGGCUACCCUGGAGAAGAUGUAUACUGCUGCGAUGGGAAAGGCAGUGCGCACUUAG